AUGUAUCGUAGCAACUCAUCCAAAGGAGUCUUCGUGCUGGCCGCGAAUGGUGGCUGGCAAUCAGCUCAGGUCAAGACUUGGACAGCGACUGGUUCAAUGGCGGAGCUUGUUGACGGGCGGCGUCUGGUGAUGGCGCACGCUUCUCGCAGACUCUUUAAGCAUCCACCAGCUGCUGCGACGCAAGGAAGAACGAUGGACGAUGGCGCUGAUGUGAUGCUCGCACCUGUGACUGUUCACCAUCUCCUGAUAUGCCGUUCCCACGACCAGGUCAGCGAAGACUCCAGCAACAUCUACUCAAGACAAGCAUCGCCAGCAGAUCCCUCAAACCCACACGCACAAGCCCCCCUCCCACACAGCACCCACCCACCUACUCUCGAGGGCGGCGGCAGCGAUAUGACAACGACACUCUUCUCCAAGCAGCGGGCCCACGAGGCCAGCAACAUUGAUGAAAAGAUAGAUGGAGCGCAAAGCACCAAGCAUCGAGACCAGCUCGAUCGGCUCGAAAGCCCACGGGCCUCAAUCAGGCUGCGGGUAGGCAACGGCGGUGUCACUACACUUCACUUCACUUCACUUGAGUGGAGGAAAUGGUGUGGCGAGACCGUUUGGGGUUGUUGUGGAGGUGUGACAGGAGAGGAAGCUACAACGAUGCGUUCCUUGGACACUUUUGUCAUUGCGGGACUGUAUAGGAUCAAUAUCGAUGCUACGAGCUGCGGAAUCGGCAGGAUCGAAGAAGCGAACAAGAGCUGGCUUCUCAAUGAUACACUUCGACACCUCGGGAUCGCUGGAGUCCAAGAACACGCUCGAGGUGAGCUGAGAAGGUCAAACUGGGCAGCAAAUCCCUUCUGGGGCGAGGGAUUGUUCGCAUCUCACGGCGUCGACACAGGCCUACACGCAGCCGCAUCGAAGGAGUGCUCUCCGCAUCGGUCGAAACCAGACCUAGAGACCACUAUCACGAUAAGGGGCAGGGAGGGAGACCACACAAGAAUGCCCGACUUCUUGCAAGAGCAGCGAGCAGCGAUCUCCAGAUCUUUCCGCACGCGUUCUCAAAGUCUCGCUCGGUUCCAAAUGAACCAUAAUCUUUGGCUCAUCCAAUACGCGCUCAACGUCGAUCCAUUUGAGACUGAACUACUGCACAACUCCCGCGUGGGCCCACGCGAGCUCUCAAACAAGCCGCCCUUCAAGAAUACGAAAUUCUACCUGAAGCAGGUCAACUUCGACUGCACCACCGAGGAAAACGAGGUCGAGAAGAUGGCGCGCGGCAUAGGUACGAUACAAAAAGACAAAUACCUGCUCACGCUACCACUACCGGUACAGAAGAAGAAGCUGCGAGAGCUUGAGACCUGGAAGUCCGCUGCAGCUAAGGGGGAGCAGCGCAAGCUCGACAUCCCGAAAGAUUUCUGCGGUACCAAGCUGCGGCUAAAGAGCGAGGGCAAGUUGGAAACAAGACCAACAACUUUCAACCGUUGCUUGAACUGGAAAGUGGAGCUGGGUAUCAUGCAGGAGGAGUACUGCAGGAGCCCAAGGGGACGAGGAGGUCGUGAUUACGAUACCAAUAUGCUCUUCACGUUGAAUGCUCGAGACCACCCUGCUGUCGACCAGCGCUCGAACUAUGCGGCGGAGUUGUGCUUCACGGCUGCUGACCACGCUGUGCUCGAGACUGGGACGGCCACCAUUCAUUGUUGCAACUGUACGGUGGAGUUGUGCAUCACGAGCCCGGGGCAGAUAGCCGGCUUUGGCAGCAAUGCUCGCUCUACGUUGAUGGUAGAUGCGCAAGAUUACAUUACGAUCUACGACUUGCCGACCAUCGAUCGAGCUGAAGGACCACCGCUGCUGCCCCGGCGCUCGGCUGUACGGCGGGCGCGAUCGUAUCCUGUAAGAGCCCAACGAAACACCGGGUCCGCCACCACCACUCCACUAACAAUUCCGUCAUCCCUACUCAGUAUCAUCGGCAUCCUCGUUGCUAGCGAGAUCAAUCGAGCUAAAACGCUGAAUGCAAUCCAUCAUGAUCGUGAACAUCCAAGUCCUCCACUUCAACCGCCAAAUCUUCCGCUUCUCGUGGGCUAUGGAAGUCGAAAGCGUGGUCUUGAGCCUCGCCCUCGCCCUCGCCCCCAAACCUCCCUCUCCCAUCACAAUCGAUAUCUGAACUCCAUGUUCUUCCAAUCCGCCACAUCCCUAAACUCAACAUCGCUCUCACCAACGACGCCUCCCUCAUAUCUACUCGAAAGGGGCAUGCCGUGGUCGCCUCGACAUCGUGCGGAUGGCGUCGUAGUUUCGUACUCCGCCAGGGACCUCGUAAGGGUGGCAGAAAAGCUUUGCGUGCCACGGGUCGGGGAGGCGGACACAGAAUUCUUGCUCGAUCCAGUGCGUGUCCACCGUACGAUACAGAAACCAACAGAACUGUGGGAGCUGGUAGAAUGUCGCCCAACUGGUGUAGUCUCCCGCCUCUUACCCGUUCACGAUGGCGCUUUUUUGAGUUGCGGUCACCCGGAUCGAGGAGAAAUGUUGGGAGCGAGCACCACAGCUUACGAUAAUCCUUACCUUAGCCGGGAGAGAAUUCAGAGAACCCUUCGCCGUGAUAUUCCCAAGACAGAAACCAAUAACAAAGCAAAGCUGAACCUUCCUCGUGACCUUUUUCAUGUGACCGGCAUGGCUCACUUCGACCCCAGAAGAAAACCAGAUCCAAUGCCAUCCAUCAAGUACAUUUCCGCGAAAUUUUCCAGCUUUGUUGUCACCACCGAGAAUGAGGAGGAUGACUUGGAUUCAACGCAUGUUGGAUGUUCCAGCAAGAUACGUAUGAGUGCAGUGCAGUGGCUUUGGAAUCUUGACCGAAAUGUUUUUGAUGAUUGUGGAUUGGAAAUUGUUGAUAAUACCAUUAAGGUAGGGACCGAACUUGCUGUUGCAUGUACGACGAGGAAGAGAAGCCACGGCGAAGCAUUCGAUGAGCUGGGAGAGUUUGAAAUGUUUGUUUUCUUUUUUUCACGGAGGCAGGCGCUGAAUGGCGCAGAGUUGUUUCUUUGUGGGUUAGGCGGGAUGACUUGGGGAAAGAAGAAUGAAUAUGAUUUGCCAGCUCCGAAUGAUAUCAGGCUGCCAAAGAUUGUGCCUAUUCCAGUUCCGAAAUACCCGAUUCCGACUCGUAGAGUAAUGAUAAUGAGGCUAGCUGUCACGGAUGUUUCGAAGACUCUGAGCAGAACUCGGGUUAGGAAGACCAUCGUUCCAAGAUAUUUCGCUGUCAGUAAAUGUUGCAUGCCGUAUGCAGCCAAGGUUACUGAAUUGAGAUUUUGUCAUGCCGGCGUUCUCUUGCAAGCCCAUGACGUUGGCAUCAUUGAUGACGGCAUGAUUAUGAGGUCAGUCUUGCGGACCAGUCGCUUCUCGUAUUCCGCUGUGAUCCCAGGCACAUCGCAUUCAUGGUGGAGGAAGCUGAGUGCUGCGUCAGCAUUUUUGGUAUUGAUGUCCUUGACCUCGAUAUCCUUCUCUUUGAUUGAAGACGACAUAAUUGAUGUCGACGGCUACAUCUUGGACAUCGCUGACCCAGUUGAAGAGGUGUCCUUCGAUCAGCAUCCGGUAUCAUAUCGCAAUGGAUUCCGCUGGUGUGGCGACCAUUUGAUCCUGACUCGAGUCGAGGGCUACAAGCACGAUUUCUGGUUGUCCGCUGUACUCAGGAGAAAGGAGACAAUAGAUCCGGAUGCAGUAUACCCGGUGAUGCCAUGUUUGAAGAAAUCUGGGCACGGCUAUUGGUUGCCAAAACGCUAUCUCAACGAGGAGGAAACGGCGAGAGCAGUUGCGUUUAGGUUGACCACUCCAGGUAGAAUUCCAAACCGCUCUCGGCGAAAUUGGUGUACGCGAGAGACUGCCAUUCACUUCAGCGGCUCGGUUCACUUCAGCAGCUCGGAAUCAUCGCUCGCGCAAGACCUCAGCGAUUUUCACUCGGGCGGCAGUGUAGAAUGCCUCUCUCCGAAGCUCACUGGCUUGAUCGUUGUCGGUAUGAUAAAAGUCGAAGACAGCUCCGGUUUCGAUGUUAACGAAUUGGUACUUCUCGUCGGCCUCAUACUUGGGCUCUGGUGGCGGGCGCUCGCAGCGAAACAUGGUGAUGGCGGUGUCAGCCAGUUCGACAAUGCGCUCUUGACCCCAUCGGAUCAUCAGGUCUGUCAUUACGGAUGAGAGCAGCUUAGUCGCAUAAAGCAUCGGAAGGCAAUCUGCUUCCGAGGUGUAACGCAGAUGGGAAUCACUUGACUUGCUUCCGAGUUUCGUGCUCU